AUUGUAAGAAUCUUAAAUAUUUAAGUCUUAAUGAACAAUUUCAGUCAAAUAAUACCAACCUCUACAAUAUUAGUGACAAUCUUAAAUCUAAGAUGAUAGAUGUAGUAGUAAAAGAAUUCUACUUUGG